GAGACUCGCCUGGUAUAAAAUGCAGGUGAAGACCCUGAAUGAAACGCACAAUACACAGCUAAACGUCAGUUGGUAUGGAAAUGCGCACGAAAUGAAAGGGAGCCGAACGCAACGGCCCCGAGAAGGGAAGCGACGGCCAGCAGACGGCCAGCCAGCUCUUGCCCGAAACAGGCAAGCCAGCGCUAAUGCGGAGGACGUGGCCAAUCCGAAGCCGCCCGCGUUGCUCCCCGGAAACUCCCUAGUCAGAAAAUAAAAUACACGCAACUCGCCUCGCCGCCGCCGCCGACUUGAUCCGUCUGGUCUUUCCUGCACCUCCAUCCCAUUCCACCCCCAUCCCAUCCAUCACUAUUUAUCUCAAUUGAUCGCCUGCUGCUCUGACAGCUUCUCCUUCUUCGCUUCCAUCUCCUCCCUGGACCUCCUGGGUGCUUGCUUCAAUUUCCUUCCGGACUCUCUGCUCUGUCCUCCCCUCCCACUCCUCCAUCCCGCCAUGUUGUCCACCCUCAGAGUCGCCAGCCGUAAGGCUGCUUCGCGUGACGCUAGUGCGCGCACCGUCCUGGCCGGUGCCAGGCAUGCGUCCGCCUGGUCCAACGUUCCCCAGGGUCCUCCGGAUGCCAUCCUGGGUAUCACCGAGGCCUACAAGGCCGAUUCCUUCAAGGAAAAGAUCAACCUCGGUGUUGGCGCCUACCGUGACGACAAGGGCAAGCCCUACGUUCUGCCCUCCGUCCGUGUCGCGGAGGACAAGGUUGUUGCCACCCGCUACGACAAGGAAUACGCUGGCAUCACCGGUAUCCCUGCCUUCACCAAGGCAGCUGCUGAGCUGGCCUACGGCUCCGAUUCCGCUGUCCUCAAGGAGGACCGCCUGGUCAUCACCCAGACCAUCUCCGGUACCGGCGCCCUGAGAAUCGGCGGAGCUUUCCUCCAGCGCUUCUACCCCGACGCCAAGAAGAUCUACCUCCCCAACCCCAGCUGGGCCAACCACGCCGCCGUCUUCAAGGACUCCGGUCUGGAGGUCGAGAAGUACAGGUACUACAACAAGGACACCAUUGGCCUCGAUUUCGAGGGCCUGAUUGCCGACAUCAAGGCUGCCCCCGAGAAGAGCAUCAUCCUGCUCCACGCCUGCGCUCACAACCCUACCGGUGUCGACCCCACCGAGGAGCAAUGGCGCCAGAUCAGCGAUGUUGUGAAGGAGAAGGGACACUUUGCUUUCUUCGACAUGGCCUACCAGGGCUUCGCCAGCGGUAACGCUGACCGCGAUGCGUUCGCCCCGAGACACUUUGUGAAGGAGGGCCACAACAUUGCCCUGUGCCAGAGCUUUGCCAAGAACAUGGGUCUGUACGGUGAGCGUGUUGGUGCCUUCUCCCUGGUCUGCGAGAACACCGAGGAGAAGAAGCGCGUGGAGUCCCAGAUCAAGAUCCUCAUCCGCCCCUUCUACUCGAACCCUCCCAUCCACGGUGCCCGCGUCGCCUCGACCAUCAUGAACGAUCCCGAGCUCAACCAGCAGUGGCUGGGUGAGGUCAAGGACAUGGCUGACCGCAUCAUCGAGAUGCGCUCUCUCCUCCGCACGAACCUGGAGAAGCUGGGCAGCAAGCACGACUGGUCUCACAUCACCAGCCAGAUCGGCAUGUUCGCCUACACCGGUCUCAAGCCCGAGCAGAUGGAUGCUCUGGCCAAGGAGCACUCCGUCUACGCCACCAAGGACGGCCGUAUCUCCGUGGCCGGGAUCACCUCGGGCAACGUGCAGCGUCUUGCCGAGUCCAUCUUCAAGAUCACCGGUUAA